AAUAGCAAAUAUAUAUUUUUAACCUUAUAUUAAAAAAUUCAAUGUUUAAUCAAAAUUUAUACAAAAUGUGCAUAUAUAAAUAUAUACUUUUGCAAACAUAAUCAGUUUUAAUGUGUUUUGAAUUACUACUAGUUUUGGAACAUAGCCACAUAAUUAAUUCAGUUCUGUUUUUGGUACAGUUCAAAGAAAACUCGUACAACAGGAACCCCUGGAAAUUCUCUUAUGAAAGGGAAACAGCAUUUACAAGAGCAUUUAAAAUCACGUCACUACUCGUCUUCAAGCUCGAGGUCGUCUUGCGGCUCAGAUCAUGGGAAAAAAACACACAGAUUGCAGAAACAUCAGUCGCGUAGAAGAGAGCAUUCUCAUUCGAGUUCGUCUCGGUCAUCUUCUCGGUCUAGAUCUAGAUCGUCUACCAUUAGUAAAAGUAUGGCUCGGAGAAAUUACGAUCGAAGCUACAGGACUCAUUCUAGAACAUAUAAUUCUAGGUCAAGGUCACGAUCACGUUCAUGGUCAAGGUCAAGAUCACGAUCUAGGUCACGAUCCAAAUCUUGGCCUAGAACUAAACAUUAUUCUCGUUCACGAUCACGAUCGGUGUCACCAGAGGAGAAAAAAAGUCAAUCUCGAUCUCCACCUAACUUACCUCCACCACCUAUUAAAUCUUAUUAUAGGCAUAGUCUUUCUCGUUCAAGUUCAGAUCCAUCCGAUAGAAGUGCAGAUGAAGAAGAAAAAACUUCGGUGAAACCUCCAGCGGAAGUACCUUCAAAGUAAGUGUCUUUUUAAAAA